UGAGAGAGGGAGAGAGCAGACGGGCUCUGUCCCGGCUUGAACAGGAAACAGAGGGAGGGGGUCUCUCACAAACACACGCAACUCCAGCCCCACAGCCUGCUGCUGCUGCUGUUAUUGUCAUUGGUAUUAUUAUUAUUAUUACUAUUAUUAUUAUUUGAAUUAUUGGUAAUAAUACCAGUGCUGGGAAAGCCAUGGAAUCUCCAACCAAGGAAAUCGAGGAUUUUGAGAGCAACUCUCUGAAGUACCUUCAGCCGGACCAGAUAGAGAAGAUCUGGCUACGACUCAGAGGACUGAGGAAGUACAAGAAGACGUCCCAGAGGUUGAGAUGUCUGGUGAAGCAGCUGGAGCGUGGAGAGGCGUCCGUGGUGGACCUGAAGAAGAACCUGGAGUAUGCGGCCUCGGUGCUGGAGUCGGUCUACAUCGAGGAGACACGGCGGCUGGUGGACACGGAGGACGAGCUCAGCGACAUCCAGUCGGACGCGGUGCCGUCGGAGGUCCGUGAUUGGCUGGCCUCCACCUUCACGCGGCAGAUGGGGCUGAUGCUGCGGCGCACGGAGGAGAAACCGCGAUUCAGGAGCAUCGUACACGCAGUGCAGGCUGGGAUAUUCGUGGAGAGAAUGUACCGUCGGACCUCCAACAUGGUGGGGCUGAGCUACCCACCCAAUGUGAUCUCAGUGCUGAAGAACGUGGACAUGUGGUCGUUUGACGUGUUUGCCCUGAAUGAAGCCAGUGGGGAACACGCGCUGAAGUUCAUAUUCUACGAGCUGCUGACCCGAUACGACCUGAUAAACCGCUUUAAGAUACCCAUAUCAGCGCUGGUCUCCUUUGUGGAGGCCAUUGAGGUGGGCUACAGCAAGCACAAGAACCCGUACCACAACCUGAUGCACGCGGCCGACGUCACGCAGACCGUCCACUACCUCCUGCUCAAGACCGGCAUGGUGCACUGGCUGACGGAGCUUGAAAUCUUCGCCAUGAUCUUCGCUGCUGCCGUCCAUGACUACGAGCACACGGGGACCACAAACAACUUUCACAUCCAGACCAGGUCUGACACCGCCAUCUUGUACAACGACCGGGCGGUGCUGGAGAACCACCACGUGAGUGCGGCGUAUCGCCUCCUACAGGACGACGAGGAGAUGAACAUCCUGUACAACCUGUCCAAGGACGACUGGAGGUCAGAGACAGGAAGUGACACGUGUCCCUUCCGCUGCACGUCCCUGGGAGUGCGUGCCCUGGUGGUGGAGAUGGUGUUGGCCACGGACAUGUCCUGUCACUUCCAGCAGAUCAAAGCCAUGAAGAGCUUCCUGCAGCAGCCUGAAGGCUGCGGUGGUGAGGGAGGAACUGAAUUGACCGACUUCACGCCUCCCUGGGGACACCUCAGAAGGCGACGCACGGGGGAUAAAGAGUCAGAGUUGGGGUUGCCCUUCUCUCCGCUGUGUGACCGCAAGUCCACCAUGGUGGCCCAGUCCCAGAUCGGGUUCAUCGAUUUCAUCGUGGAGCCCACAUUCACCGUCCUGUCGGACAUGACGGAGAAGAUCGUUUCGCCGCUCAUCGAAGAGGCGUCCCGCUCCGACAUGGCGGUGUUCCGCCGCUCCAGCCUGAACAGCACGCCGCAGACGGAGGGGAAGCGCUCCAGCGUGAAGAGCACAGGCUCGGAGGGCAGCACCUCCCUGCACUGCUCCCUGAUGAGCGUGGACUUCCGCAGCUUCAAGGGGGCCUGGAGAGAGGUGCAGAAGAACCGGGACAAGUGGAAGACCCAGGCCACCAAAGACCUGGAGGAGAAGGCAAAGAAAGAGGCGGAGGACAAGAAGGCCCUGGAGGAGGCGGAGGGCACGACGGCGGCCGACGUGGAAGAGGCGAAGCCGGGCCAGGCGGGCGAGUCGAGCCAAUCCGAAAAGCCGGCCAAUCCGAAAAGCCCAGCCAGGCCGAAAAGCCCGGCCAAUCCGAAAAGCCCGGCCAAUCCAAACAGCCCGGCCACCGAAAAGCCCGGCCAGGCCAACAAGUUGAGCAAGCCCCAAGAGUCCAGCCGGGGCGAGGGCCCGCCGGGCCAGCCAGACGAGCCCAAUCGGGCCGAGGAGGUGCGGAAGGAGCCCGUGGAGCAGCAGCCCAAAGUGGAGGAAGGGGACAAGGACCCCGGGGGGAAGGAGACCCCGCCCAAACCCGGCCCUCAGAACGGAGAGGGCUCCCUCGCCGCCCCCGGGGCAGAGAGCAGGCAGCCGGCGCGCACCGGCUCUCCCGGAGGCUACGACCUGAUCCGCUACUACAAGAGACCGAGCUACUGCGCUGGCUCCUACGCCCCAGCCCAGGGGAGGAAGGGGGCGGUCAGCAAGCCCACCGACGCCCGCGGAAAAGCCCGACACCUACAGCACAUCUCCCUGAGGAGGGGGAAGUGACGUCACAGGCAGGAAGUGACGUCAUUGCCCACAGGAAGGGGCGCGAUGGCCUUCUCUUGUCGCAGCAGAGUCUUCCAACAGACGGAUAGGAAUAUAAACCUGUGCACCCAUAGCCUUGUCUCGCUAGCGAAUGGCAUUUCUCAUCUGUGCCCUCUGCCACUGUGAUGUCACAAAAGACUGGCGUUCCGAAAUGACAUCACCCUCUUUUCCGUCCCCGGGGCAACCUAAAUGACACUCUGCAGCUGCGUCCCGUGACCUUUUAUGCCUUUGCUGCUUCUCUGUGCCUGUAAUUAAUCCCCAAACAGUUUUCCUUCUAGUCACCAGCAGUGUCAGGCGCUUCAGAUUAGCACGCGGGUUACGAUUCGUACGCAGCGUACGACGGCGCGCUCUAAAGAGAGCGCUGAAAAUAAAUCACCAUGGUGUUUAUAUUAUUUCAGUUUGCUACAUUGCAUGCU